AGUUACAUCCUAUUGCUCUACAUUGUCAAUCGUGCAACAUGAAUUGUUUGGUGGUAAAGUUUCGACAUCGCUUGCCAAAUGACAUCAGCAACAAGUACUUGGCCGAAAUUUAUGUUAAAGGUCCUCAAUUCGAUAUCGAUUUGAUUGCAUCGGAUCAAAAAGUCGUUUCGGCGCACAAAUACGUUGUGAGCAUGUUUUCGAUUUACCUGAAGGACUACCUUCGUGAAUUCAAACCCAAGGGCAAAGCAUGCGUUCCAUUGUCCGACAUAUCGAGUUUUGUGUUGAAGCAAGUGAUCGACUUGUUUUACAAUGGCCAGAUUAUGAUUGGUGCCGAGGUCAAGCCACACAUGAUUAAAGCAUUGGCUUUCCUAAAAGUAAAUGAUGUUUGGAUUCGAAGUCCGGAACCAGAGGAGCUACCUGCACAAUUGAACAAAGAUUGGGCUCCAGACAUAGCACCGGUGCGUACAGACUCGCGUAAACAACCGCCGCUAAUGCAACAAAACAUCAGCCGAAAUAUGAGCAUGAACAACGAUCAAUGUCAAUGGUCUCAACCAGCCAAGCGCGGACGAACUCAAUCAGUAUUCAUGGAACGAGAUUGUGUGCGAGAUUGUGGAAUGUUCACGAAUCCAUCGCCAUCAAUGGUACAAUCCGGUGUCAAUCGCAUUGGUUCGGUGUCAAUCAUGAAUAACAAAGCACUGUCAUCGAAUGUCGGUGUCGGUAGCAUUCAACGCCCCAUACCUAACCAAAUGGCAACGCAUCCAAAUAAACAACAAUCACUACCGAAGAACAUGAAUAUUGUCCAAGGAACAACAAUUGGCAUUGCAUCGACGGGUUCAAAGGUGUCCAAAACAAACGAUAUGGAUCGAGACAGCGAUGACAUGGACAUUGACGACAUGAGUCUUUGAAUGGCAGUAUCAUCGCAUCCAUAUUUUAUUCUACUUUUUGCAUUUUUUCUGAUUUCAAUCGUAACAAACAGCAUGAAAAAUACAUGAAUUCACACUGAAUGGAUCUUAUUGUUAUUGAUCCAGUUUCAAAACAAUUGCUACCUCCCAAACAAACUCAAUAAAUAUUUUGUGUAAACAAAAUAAAGAA